AUGCAAGUGGAUACUGGAGCAUCGGUGUCCUUGAUCCCAGAGCACAUCUAUGAUGAGCAUCUGAAGAGCCGUCCUCUGCAGCCUGCUGCUAUUCGUCUGUCAUCAUACACAGGGGACACCAUACCUGUGUUGGGAAAAAUCCAAGUGCCAGUGAAACAUGAGGGACAGGAGUGGACACUGCCCCUGGUCGUGGUGAAGGGAAACAAAACGCCAUUACUAGGAAGAAAUUGGCUACGAAAAAUAAAGCUGAACUGGGGAAAAAUCUUCAGUCUCAAUGAAAGCAAGGAAAAUGAACACCUCUCACUGCAAGGAGUGUUAGGAAAGCACAAAGAGCUGUUCAAGGAAGGCUACGGAAAGAUCAAAGACUUCAAAGCAACCAUAAGAGUGCAAAGUGAUGCCAAGCCCAUCUUCCACAAGCCGCGUCCAGUGCCUUAUGCGCUGCGGGAAUCCGUGGAAAAAGAGCUUGAACGCCUUCAGAAGAACGGCAUUGUCACUCAAGUGGAAAGGAGUGAUUGGGCUGCGCCUAUUGUCGUAGUACCAAAGAAAGACAAAGCAGUGAGACUGUGUGGUGACUACAAAGUGACUGUCAAUCGAUGCAUACUGCCAGAAGAGUAUCCUCUUCCCAAUGCUGAGGAUCUGUUUGCUACCCUGGCCGGCGGGACAGUGUUCAGCAAGAUCGACCUGUCUUUUGCCUACCAACAACUGCAAUUAGACCCAGAGUCAGAGCAGUACCUUACCAUAAACACACACAAGGGCCUAUUCAGAUAUCACCGUCUAGCCUACGGGGUCUCUACAGCUCCAGCAGUGUUCCAACACACCAUGGACCAAAUACUGCAUGGAAUGGACAAGGUCGUGUGCUUCAUGGAUGACAUCUUGGUGUCAGCGCCUACGAAGGAAGAACACCUGAAAAUAUUGGAUCAAGUGAUGACAAGAUUAGAAAGAUACGGGGUGAGAAUCAAGCAGUCGAAGUGCGCAUUCCUCCAGGACUCAGUGGAGUAUCUUGGGUACAGAAUUGAUGCACAGGGACUUCACCCAACAGAAAGUAAAGUGGAUGCUAUAGUGAAUGCACCAGCCCCCCAGAACGUGACCGAGUUAAGAUCAUUUUUGGGGCUGCUUAAUUACUACGGAAAGUUUGUGGCAAACCUGUCCACAGUGCUGCACCCACUUCAUCAAUUGCUCCAAGCCGACACACCAUGGAAGUGGUCUACACAGUGUGAGGACGCAUUCAAGGGAUGCAAGCAGCGUCUCCUAAACAGCAAAUGCCUCGCACACUAUGAUCCGGAGAAACCUCUCCGACUUGCAUGUGAUGCCAGUCCAUACGGUGUCGGAGCCGUAAUUUCCCAUGUACUACCCUCUGGUGAAGAGCAUCCAAUAGCUUUCGCAUCCAGGACACUCUCACCAAGCGAGAGAAAUUAUGCUCAGAUUGAAAAAGAAGCAUUGAGCAUAAUAUUUGGCGUCAAGAAGUUCCAUAAGUAUCUAUAUGGAAGAAAGUUUGUUUUGUUGACAGAUCACAAGCCACUGUUGACAAUCCUUGGCCCAAAAUCUGCCAUACCCACCCUGGCUGCUCUACGCAUGCAACGCUGGGCCAUAAUCCUGUUGGCCUACGAUUACGACAUCCAGUACAAAAGAUCCAGUGACCAUGCCAACGCGGAUGCAUUGUCACGUCUGCCAUGCCAGUGUGACACAGAAGAGGGCGCCGAUGAUGGCGGAGUGUUUUGUGUGUCAUAUGUUGACGAAUUGCCCGUCUCAGCAACUGACAUUGCCACAGAGACAAGACACGACCCAAUCCUCUCCAAGGUCCUAGAUCUAACAUUGUCAGGAUGGCCAAAGUAUGUGCCUAACCCAGAUCUGCAACCUUUCCAUGUGAGGAAGGACGAGUUGUCUACAGACCAGGGAUGCGUUCUCUGGGGUUCAAGGGUCAUAAUACCACCCAAGUACCAAAAGAGACUCCUGUCAGAGCUGCACGAUGGACAUCCAGGAAUGACACGAAUGAAGGCGUUAGCCAGAAGUUUUCUGUGGUGGCCUGGGAUUGAUCAGGAGAUAGAGCACUGCGUAGGAAAAUGCACUCCAUGUGACAUCACGCAGAACAGACCAGCAGCAGCACCUCUCCAUCCUUGGUCAUGGGCCACAUCACCAUGGGAAAGAGUGCAUGUCGACUUCGCUGAAAUCAACAAGCAGCACUACCUACUACUAGUCGACGUCUACUCAAAGUGGUUAGAAGUACUGCCCAUCAAUCAGACAUCAGCUGAGAAGACCUCCCAACUUCUCCGAAACCUCUUUGCAUCAUAUGGCUUACCAAAAGUUUUGGUGUCAGACAAUGGCCCGCCCUUUACAUCAGCAGAGUUUGAGACGUUUCUCAAGAACAACGGAAUUCGCCACAUUCUGUCACCUCCCUACCACCCUGCCUCCAACGGUGCAGUAGAGAGAGCUGUGCAAACAUUCAAGAAAGCAUGGACAAGACUUGAAGCUCAGUCGGUGUCACCACAGCAUCGCCUUGCGAAGUUCCUGUUCACAUACAGAAACACUCCUCACACAGUCACUGAACGCACUCCAGCUGAAAUGUUUCUAAAGAGACAACCACGCACUCGUCUGUCGCUACUGAAGCCUGACAUGUCUGCAGUGGUAGCCAAACAUCAGUUACAGCAGAAGAAGGCUCAUGACAAGCGCGUAAAGACACUCCGGACAUUCAGUCUCGGGGAGAGGGUGUUAGUUCGCGACUUCAGACAUCCUAAGAAGCUGUGGAUACCAGGAACGAUUCUAAAGCAAAGAGGACCUCUGACCUAUGAUGUUCAAGUAGGUCAUCGUCAAGUCAAAGUGCACGUGGAUCACCUGCGCGCAUCCAAAGCUUCAAGCUGGCCAAGCGGAACGGAUAGUGAAGAUGCCACGGACUAUGCAGCAUAUCCUGAGGAGCAAGAAGAGGAGACAGAUCAACAAGAUGAUGCUGCUGAGCCACCUCAAGCUGUUCAACCAGCACGCCGCUAUCCUGAAAGGCAGCGUACAGCACCAGAAAGACUCAGUCUCUAA